AUGGACAACAAACGCAAGAAACUAUCCUACCUCUUCUCCAAGUUCCCCCUCACCCAAGUGCACGAAACAGAACUAACAAACGUGCCGAGAGAGGUGAGCAAACUACUCGAAGCCAAGCGGGAGAAGCGUCGGAAAUUGCUCGAAAGUAUGUACGAAAAAUGCAGAAGAACCUCCGCGACUCCGCUUCGCCAUGGAAGGUUCCACUUGUACGUGGGCCCCUCGAAUUCGGUGCAGCUGGCGCGCCCGGCCUGCCGGCCCUUCUCCAUCGAAUUGCCGCGCGCGGAGGAGAAGAACAUCCGGCGGAGGAUCCAGGCGAGAGGCCUGGAGGACGAGCACCCGCGAACGGUGGAGGAGUUUAUCGGCGAGGUGAAAAGCGAGUACGGGAACGUCAUCAGGCGCACCGGGAUGAGCCUGAAGAUCAAAUCGGAGGGGCGAUUCGUCGUCGGGCCGUUUAAAUUCGCCGGGCGCACGGAGCGGUAUAGCGAGUUUUUGGUGAUCAGGAAGAUAUUGGGCAGGAGAUGGCUGCUGCAUUGUGGUGUUAUUAGGAAAAUUCAGGGACAGUGCAUUACGAAUCUACCGGCGAGGUUUUUCCAAUUCGAGCCGGCUGAUGUGAUGGCGAUCGACGAAAUCCAAAAGCAAUUCGACAAGUUUGUUGAACUUACUAAAAGUAUUAUCAACGAUUUCUACAGAAACAUUAGAGAAGUUAUAAUGACAGAGAAGAAGAGGAUUACUUCUAAUAUUCGCAAUAUCAUCAAAGGUUUAUUAAUUUUACAUAUAAGUACGAGCGUAAUGGAAACUAUUAACAGUAUCGUAGAUUUUACAAUUAUUAAAAUACCUAAAUCUUAUUUAUUCAUAGAAAUAAAUUUCGAAGAUAACAAUCUUAUAAUGAACCCUACUUCUGAAAAACUCGAAACAACCUACAACAAUCUCAUCGAUGACCUACUAGAAUGUUGCAGCGAAUUGUGCAUCGAAGAAUACCCAGAAAAAAUCAAUUUAUACAUAACAGAAGAAUUCAUAAUAUCAUCAAAAACUCAAAUUAAACGCAACAUAACCUCACAAUACGAAACAAUCCUCCAAUAUUUGCACAACAUCGACGACAAAUUGUGCUGUAUAUACAAAAAUCUCAACUCGAGCGAAUUCCUGGAGAGCAUCGCCGAUAUCACAAUAGAAGAAGGCUGCGAAGCCAUCAACCAUUACAAGCGCUUCCUGGGAAUAACCCUUCGUAUACCGGACCACGAAUUCUUCCGCGUAGCCACAGUAUCGUUCGUUAACUACAAAAGUAAAUUAAGCGACGCCAUCACCAGCAACGCCGACCUGGUAUUCGAGAAGCUGGCCAACCAGCACUACUGGGAGGUGAACGAUUUGUGCGAGAGCUUCGAUCACAUCAGGCUGCGGGCCGGGCUGGCGCCGGAAACGACCGAGGAGCUGGUCGAAACCGGCAAAUACAUGAAUUACGUGAAAACCGAGCGAUCGGAUGCACUCGAACAAAGAGUGCACGAGGCCCUGUUGUCUCUGUGCCGCAUCAUAGAUUUGGGCCUGAUUAGCGACCAGCACCGGGAAUUGAACUGCCGAUCGAUAGGGUGGCUGGAAGAAAUCGCGCCCGUCAUCGAGAAUUAUACCGGCGCGUUCGAUGCGAUGAAGUACGAGGCCGAGGAGCGGCUGCAGAGGACCGUCGAGGACGUGGGCGAGAUGAUCAGGAAGGUGUUUCCGUUGCUCGCUUAUCUGGACGAUAUGGAUAAUAUUGCUAGUUGCCAUAGUUAUAUACAUUUUAUUACGUUGCAUAUGAAGAAGAUUAGGGAAAUCGAGGUGCAAAUCGAGUGGAUCAAUCAGGAGGAGACCACCCUCAGUUUUCCAAAAUCCACAUACCCGGAAUACGAGGAACUAAAGAAAUACAUCUACCCCUUUCACCACCUGCUCCACCUCUGCCUCAAAGUAGACCUCAGUCUAUCGGCUUGGCAAGACGGCCCGUUCGAAAACCUCGACUACGCCUCCACCAAAACCACCGUGGAGCGAUACCACAAAGAGCUCACCGACACCUACAAGAUCUACCGGCAGAAGCUGCGCCAAGCCCAAGACGAGAACCUGCCGCUGAAGUUCAAAGGCACCGUCGACGACCCGGACAUCCUCAACUGGCCGGCGCCGCUGAAGCUCUGCGGCACCGCGCUGCGCCGCAUCGAGGACUUCAAGCCGACGGUGGAGGUGAUGCGGAUCAUCUGCAACAAGUGCCUGAGGGAGAGGCACUGGUCGGCGCUGUCGGAGAUCGCCGGGGCGGACGUCGCCCCCGACGCCGGCGCCACCCUCCGGAAGAUCAUGGCGGUGGAUUUCUUCGGCAGGCUGCAGGAGUACGAGAUCAUCAGCGUCGGCGCUACGAAGGAGACGCUGCUGCUGGGCCAGUUGCGCUCGCUGCAGGAGGAGUGGGAGGGUAUCGAUUUCCAGGUUUCUGCUGAUGGAGCGUACGGUUUGAAAGUGCUGGUUGGUUUGGAUGAAAUCGAAACUGUUUUUAACGAUCAGAAUACGAUUAUUUUUAACAUGCAAGGUUCGGUGUUUGUGAAGCCGUUCGAAAAAGAAGUGAGCGAGUUUCAUGAGACUAUUAAUAGGAUAUCCGAUACUGUGCGAUAUUGGAGCAAAAUUCAAAAUAUUUUAUUAAAAUUGUUCCCUCUGAUUUCCAUACAAGAUUUAAACGAGAUCAUACCGAAUGAAACGAAUUUAUUGAAACGAGUUAUCGAUGUUUAUAAUAAAUCGAUUAAAUUAAUCGAAAGUGUACGAAAUUUGAUAAUCGAAAACAAUCAAAUUACAAGCAUCAGCAACAACAGAAACGAGAUUUUGCAGUUAACAAAUCCGAUACCUAUCGAAGAAACUUUGGAAAAGACAUUCAAAGCUCUGGAAUCCACAAUAAUCGAAACACUCAAAAACGAAAUUAUAGAAUGCUUAAAAACAUUCACAACACAACAAUUCCCGCAACAAAUCAACGAUUUUACCGAACAAACGCUAACAGUAGCAACGAACUGCAUUUGGACCGAAAACAUCGAAAUGGCCUUGUGCCUAAACUCGCACCAGCACCUUAAAAUACAAGCAAACAACUUACAAGAAUCAAUCAACGAAAAAAUCCAACACCUAACCAACACCACCAACAACAACAAACACAAAAUCAACAGCGUAAUAACCGCGGAAAUCCAUUUAAAAAACGCAAUCGAAACGAUCCUCAGCAGCGGAGCAAUAUCAGCGAACAACUUCGAAUGGGAAGCGCGCUUCAAGCACCGCUUAAAAAACGGCCUUAUUAAAGUCGCCGUAAUGAACUUCGCCAUCGAUUACGCGUACGAAUAUCUGGAAAGUUUCCGGUACAUAAUAACAUCGGCAACCGAAAGGGCGCACCGAAUGUUAAUUAGUACUUUCUGCAUGAAUUAUUUCGGUUUAAUCACCGGCGAGCAGGAUUGCGGCAAAUACGAGACGCUCGAAAUUUUAGCGUCGAUUUUCGGCAAUUACGCGGUGAAAUUCGGCUGCAGCGAAGGAUUAAGCGGCGCGGUAAUCGAAAGAUUCGUAAGAGGCGCGCUGUUGAACGGUUCGUGGAUUUAUUUCGAGGACUUCGCCAGCUUGAAAGCGAGCACGGUAUCGUCGAUAAGCGAGUACCUGUUUAGCGUGCAAACUGCGAAAAAGGAGAAUUCGCAACACUGUAGGAUCGGCGAGGAUUUGCUGAGCUUCAAACCGAGUUGUUUCAUAUGCGUAAGUACUAAGAGAAAUUCGUUUGACGAGCUGCCGGAUAACGUUAAGAAUUUGUUUCGAGUUACUGCGAUUAUUGCACCGGAUGUGGAGAAAAUUGUGGAAAUUACCUUGCAAAUCCAAGGGUUUAGUACACCUCGUAUACUAGCGAAAAAGAUUACUUAUCUAGUCAAUUACAUAAUCGAUGUAGCAUCGGAAGAAUUGAGCUACAUCAAAGGUUUGGGCAAAUACACGAGAAUUCUCGCAGAAUGCUCCAAAUUGAAAACUAACAAUUUCAACCAAAACGACGUUAUCCUCACCGCACUCAAUAACACCAUAGCUCGAAUAAUCCCAAAUAAAUACCACGCAGAAUUCCACGCUAUUUCACGCUCACUAUUCCCGAAUUCAAACCUAAUAAUACCAAAAGACGAUACUACAUUCCAAGAAGCAAUAAAAACCCUCUGCGGGGAAGACAAUUUCCAAUACAACGAAGAACUCGGCAGUAAAAUCCGCGAAGUGUACGAAACCCUCCAGCACAACCCGUCUCUAGUAAUAGCAGGCUCGUUAACCAGCUUCAAAACAACCGCCAUCAAGCUCUGCGCGAAGCUGUUCGAAAAAUCGAACUGCCGUCUGCAAUUAUCCUACGUAACGCCGAAUUGCUUCGAUUAUCGCAGUUUGUACGGGCGCUUCACUGAUUGCUCGGAAUGGCAGGACGGAGUCGUAACGAAAUUACUCAGAUCGAGCACCGCGGACGAUACGGAUAGUUUGAUAGUUUUCGACGGGGGCAUUAAUUAUAAUUGGAUCGAGAACGUAAUCGGCGUUCUCAAAGAACGGAAAUUGCACUUGGAGUCCGGGGAGAUCCUGGCGAUGCGCCCGAAGACCAGGCUGGUGUUCGAGGUGGAAGAUCUGAAUCAUUGCUCUCCGUCGAUGAUAUCCCAUUCAACUGUAGUAUACAUCAAUUACAAAUCAACCGAUUGGGAAGUAAUAGUCCUAUCGUGGAGCGAUACCAGCAAGUCCGAAUGGAUGAAGGAGCAUCGUGAGUACAUUAGAGAUAUAUUAUGUUGGUUGCUGAGGGCUUGUUUAGAAUUUAUUCAGAAGAAUUGCGUGGCUCUCUACGCGAUUAGCGAUGUAAAUUUGGUGAAUAACGUGAUAGACUUGACCACAUUGGUUCUGGACGAGGCUUGUUCGAGGAAUAAGAGAGAAGAGGAUUGGAAGAAUUUAACGACUUGGAUCCAGGCGACUAUUAUCCAGACUGGAAUGUUGGGAAUGGGUUCUUUGUUGGAUGUGGCAUCGAGGCAGAAAUUUGAUGAGUUCUACAGGUUGUUGUGGAGGGGCCAAAAUCAGUUAUAUCCUUAUCCUAAAUCGUUUGCGAAACUCGAAGUGGGAAUCCCCCAGGACGGUCUAAUAAUCGAGUAUCAGUACAUUUACAAACAAAGAGGCAACUGGAAAUCGUGCCAAGACUUGCUUAAAGCCGAAAAACCGUUCGAAAUGCCCUACGUGAAAAACAUAUUCGUGCCCACAGUGGAAACUUUAAAAUACAUAAAUAUCAUAAACUUGCUGCUAAACAAUAAUCUACCGGUUUUAUUAAUAGGACCUACGUGUACCGGUAAAACCGCCAUAAUUCAAACAAUCCUACGGACAAAACUGGAGGAAGACAAAUGGGACGUUUCCCACAUAAAUUCCAACACCUACUUAAACUCGAAAGAAUUGCAGGAAAACGUUCUAUCAAAGUUAAACAAGAAACAAGGCGGCGUAUACUGCCCGUCCAAAAACAAACGUUUCGCAAUGUUCAUAGAUAAUUUACACCAAACACCGUCAGAUAAAUAUAACAAUUCCCAAUGCAUCGAGCUACUACGCCAACAUUUAGACCACAAAAUCUGGUACGACCUCGACCGAUCCGGCGAAAUAUCCAUCGAAAAUCUCACCCUCAUCUCCGCCAUGGACAACUCCAUCCCCAACAAAUCCAUCAACCGGAGAUUCUUGAAGCACUUCCGCGUGUUCGGCUUCAACGAGGUCACCGAUGAUACCGUCUCGAGAAUCUACAGCAACGUUUUGCUGCACUUCUGGCGCCGCGGCGGGUUUCCCAGCGACGUUACCAACCUCACAAAUCAAAUCGUUAACGCCACCUGCAAGGCGUACAGGAAAAUUUCGAGCCGUUUCCGAGCCACCCUGAAGCGCCCUUAUUACUGCUUCAAUCUCAACAACAUCUCCGAUGUGAUCGAUGGUUGUAGAUUGCUGAGAAAGGAAACCUACGAUGCCAAUAAAAAAAUCAGCGCGAAGUUGUGGGUAAACGAAUGCUUCAAAGUGUUCGGAAACCGGUUGGAUGCUCGGGAUAUUUGCGAAUUAGAGGAUAUCGUGAGAGAUAUUUUAGACUCGAAUUUCAACGAGAUUGCUAACGAACUAAGCGAGUUGUCCAAAAUAACCCUAACUACAAUCAACGAUAAAGAAAAAUACGAGGAAUUAGACAGAACUGCUCUAAUAGACACUCUAAACAACGAGUUGUUGCGCUACAACAAUUCCAAUUCGAUUAAAAUUAACGUGGCGUAUUUCGAGUACGCCGUAGAAAAAAUUAUCAGAAUCACUCGAGUACUUUCGAUUCGGCCGGGAAACGCGCUGUUUUUGGGCGCCAGCGGGCUCGGGAAAGCAUCGUUAAUCAAACUUGUUUCGCACGUUUACGGCUAUCCGAUCUACCAGCCGCUAAUAACCGAAAACUACGCGAUCGAUAAUUGGAAGAAGGACCUGAAGCGGGUUUUGAAAGAAGCCGGCGCCGUCGAACGCGAAUUAGUUUACCUCGUCGACGAGCGGGAUGUGAUAGACGAAGAAUUCCUGCAGUACGCGGAUUUGCUGCUGGGAACCGGCGAUGUUUGCGAUAUCUUCGCGGCCGAGGAGAAGCAGGAGAUACUGGAAUUGUCGCGAUUAUCCGCCCAAGGCGGCAACAGGAACUUGGAUAUCAGCACGUCGGCGGUGUUCAUGCACUUUACGGCGCGAUGCAAGUACAACCUGCAUCUGAUACUAUCGCUUUCGAUCGAAUCCAAAACACUCAGGAACCGCUUCUACAAAUUCCCAUCGCUUAAAAACUGCCACACGAUUUUCUGGGACGAUUGGCCGGACGAGGCUCUACGAGAAAUAGCCAAGCGGAAAAUCGACAAUAGUAAUUGCAUCGACACUUUCAUCCAUUUCCACCGCCACUUCCAACAGCUCUCCAUCGAUCUACCUCUCAAAUUACACAUUUCCCCUAUUUACUUCAUCCAUCUAACCGACUUGCACUCGGAAUUAUACUCCAACGAGAAAACUUUAAUCGAGAAUAAAAUCGAUACGUUCUCCCAAGGUCUCGGCAAGCUAUCCUACGCAGCCAACCAGAUCUUAGACAUGGAGCGAGUACUAGCCGAUUACACGCCCCAGCUAGCCGAGAUGACGGCCAAAGCCAAGGAAAUGACCGAGCAAAUAGCCCUCGAGACCAUAGAAGUCGAGAAGGCUUCGGAGCUGGUCCGCCAAGACGAGCAAAUCGCCUGCCAGCAAGCCAUCGUAGCCCAAAAUCUCAAAUCCGAAUGCGAAUCGGAGCUAGCGCAAGCCAUACCGAUCCUAGAAGACGCCAUAUCCGCCCUAAACACACUGAAACCCUCCGACAUAACCCUGGUGAAAUCCAUGAAGAACCCCCCGGACGCCAUCAAACUCGUCAUGGCGGCCGUGUGCGUCAUCAAGGACAUCAAACCCGACAGGAUACCGGACCCCAGCACCGGCAGGAAGACCUUCGACUACUGGGGCCCCAGCAAGCGCGUCCUGGGCGACAUGAAUUUCCUGCAGACGCUCAAGGACUUCGACAAGGACAACAUCAAAGCCGAGUUGAUGGUGAAAAUCCGCAAGGACUUCCUGCCGCACAAGGACUUCAAGCCCCACGUGGUGGCCAAGGCGUCGAGCGCCGCCGAGGGGCUGUGCAAGUGGAUCAUAGCCAUGGAUAUGUACGAUAAAGUGGCGAAGGAAGUGGCGCCGAAGAAGGAGAAGCUGGAGAAAGCGGAGAAAGAGUACGCCAAUACGAUGGAGAUCCUCAACCAGAAGAAGGACGAGGUGAAGAGGAUCGAGGAGAAGUUGAGCGCGCUGAACGCUCUAUUAGAUGAAUCCAACAAGAAGCAGCUGAUACUGCAAAGAGAAGUGGAUACGUGCAAUAAGAAAUUGAUCAGCGCGCAAAAGCUGCUGGGGAGUCUCGGCGAAGAGCAGCUCAGGUGGACCGAUGCAGUGAAGAAAUUAAAAAAACAACAAGAGCUACUACUAGGCAACGUAGCUCUAACUGCCGGCAUAGUGGCUUAUUUAUCUCCGCUAGAUUUUAUAGCGAGAAAUGAAGUAACUAAACGAUGGCAUCAACAUGUAAUCGAGCACCUGCCCUGCUCGAAUCAAUUCGAACUGGAGCUGGGCUUCUCUUCUAAAAUCGAUCUAGAGUCGAAGCAACAAAGCGAAUUACUGCGUGACCGGUUCUUCAAAGAAAACGUGCUUAUUUGCGAUUUCUCCAAGCAGCGUUCGAUCUUCAUCGAUCCCGAUUACCAAGCGGAGAAGUGGAUAAGAAAAAGCGAGAAAGGUAACCAUUUGGUAGUCACCACGUUCUCACAAGAUUGUUUGAGUGUAUUAAUAAAUUGCGUUGAAUCAGGUAGACCUAUAUUAAUUAACAAAAUUAAUAAUAUCCCUCGUUGUUUGUACGAUUUUAUUUCGAACCAUUGCUUUAACCAAGACGGAGCUACUUUUGUUAAUAUUAACAACAGUAGUGUUAGAGUUAAUGAGAAUUUUAGGUUGUAUUUAACGUGUAAUGUAUCCAACCCGAAUUUUCUACCGGAGUUAAUUAAUAAGAUUACCAUCAUCAAUUUCGCGAUAUCUUCUACAUAUUUGAAGAAGCGUUUCUUGAGAAUGGUUAGCGAAUUUGAAAAACCCACGCUGAAGAAACGCAAAAAGGAAAUCUACAGCAAGAAAAACAAACACCAAUUAGAUAUAUCUAACACCGAAAAGGAAAUAUUGCAAACUUUAUGCUCCUCUCAAGCCGAUAUAUUAGAAGACGAAGAAUCCAUUAAAAUAUUGGAGAAUUACAAGAUAAGUUUGAAGACCCUGAGGAGCGAUUACGAGGGUGCGCUCGAAGCGGAACGCUCGGUAUUCGAGUUCGCUGAUCAGUAUAAAAGCGUGGCGAAUUUCGUUACUGAUAUUUAUUUAUUCGUUAGUAAAUUGAAGCGUGUUAACCACGUUUACCAAUUCUCGUUCGAGUGCUUCCUUUACACCUACUACCAGACGAUUUUGUACGCGGAAAAAUCGAAAAUCGUAGCGAAAAGAUGCGAGAACAUCAAGCGGAAAUUCACCGAGGAAAUUUUCUCGAAAAUAAACUACACCCUAUUCGAGAAAGAUAAAUUCACCUUCGCCUUUAUGCUAACUAUAACUAUACUAAUGCAUAACAAAUCCAUAAGUAGCGAUGAGUUAACUGUUUUUCUCUCGAAUGUCUCCGAUGGAUGUUCCUGGUUGGAACUCGCCGCCUUGGAAAAUCUACCGGUAUUCCACAAAUUCCGAUCGAAUCUCAGAAUAAAUUUCGCCGCGUGGAAAACAUACUUAAACAACGCAUCAUUUACGCUCGCCCCCGAUUUACGACGCCCUCUAUCCAAUUUCCAAGCGCUCGUGCUAACGAAAACAUUCAAACCCCAUCACUUACACCACCACAUGAGACUGUUCGUCCGGCUCGAACUCGGAGAGGACUUCCUCGACCCGCCCCGGCUCCGGCUAAACCGAAUUUACAACGACUCCAAUUGCAUGUCGCCCAUCCUGCUGGUCAGCAACGCCGAGGAGUCCCUCGACGAGCUUCGCCUGCUGGUGAAGAAGAAGCAGCUCUCCCACACGUUCCGAUCGCUUUGCAUCGGCGAUUCCACAACGCCCGAUUGGCGCCGGUUCCUGCUCGAAGCGCAGGAGAAGGGCUACUGGAUCCUCUUCCAGAACUGCCACUUAGAUUUGUUGUGGGUGAGGGAUCUCGAAAAGCAACUGGAAUGCAUGAAUUACGACAACACCAACAACAAUUUCAGGCUUUGGUUGAGCACCGGGAACUCCCCUGAUUUACCCGUUAAUUUGUUGCAGAGAAGCAUCAAAGUUACCUACGAUUGCGGUGGAAGUUUCAAGAGUACUCUCGCUAGCUACUUCGAGAAGGAAUAUAUUUGCGAUUAUUUCUGCGGUAGCACGCCGGGCAAGAAGGACGUUUUCACCAAAUUGUUGUUCGGUUUGGUGGCCUUUCACUGUUGCUUGAUCGAGCGGCGCAAAUACGACCGCGUCUUGUGGAAUUUCCCUUGCAAUUACAGCGACGACGCGUUCGAAAUGUCAGCGAAAUUGCUGCAGGAAUUGCUGGCGAAUAGCGUUUCCUGCGAUCGCGUCGCCGAGAUUAUCGGAAGCUACCAGUACGGCGGGCAUCGGGAUUUGAAAUGUAUCGAGUUACUUUUGAAGGAUUUCAUAAACGUCGAGGUGAUCAGGAGCAAGAAGUAUUGUUAUAACGAAUUGAAGGAGUAUUGUUUGCCGAUGAAAACGGAUUAUUUGGAUUACUUGAAGGCGAUUAAAAGUUAUCCGGAUGUGGAUAAUGCCGAAUUGUUUGGUGUUAAUAAAAAAUUGUGUUCGGUUCGCUGGGAAAAUAUAUCGAAAGAAGUAGUUAAUACGAUGUCAAUUGUGUGGUGUAUACAAAAUAAAACUCCAAUUGAAAAUUACCAAACUUAUUUACUCGAUAAAGUUGAGGAGAUAUUUAAUAUGCUCCCGAACAAAUUAGAAAUUAAUAAUGAUGUUGUAUUGAAAUACGAAUUUGCUAGAUACAAUAAUGUUUUAGGUAACAUAUUAAAUUCUUUAAAACUCCUUAAAAAGUCGUUAAAAGGAGAGAUAGGUUUCACCGAGGAAAUCCAUUGUACCGCAACGAGCAUUUACAAUUCGCUAGUACCUCGAGGUUGGGAAAUUUUAUUUCACGCCACCAACGAGACCCUGAGCAAUUUCCUCGGAACUCUCAAUGAGAAAAUCAAUUAUUUGAGGAAUUUUCGAUUCGACGAAAAUUGCGUAUGGUUAGCGGCAUUUGCAUUACCGAGAGCGUUGCUAUCCAGAAUUAAAUUGAAACUAUCCGAAGUCGGCGGAAUUCCUGCAGAAGAUGUAACGUUUCGCUCCGCAAUUGUAAAUAGUAAUAAUGAAAUUUAUCCGGAAAAUGGCAUUUCAAUUACGGGCCUUUUUGCGGGCAACUCCAAAUGGGACUUAGACAAUCAGCGAUUCUGCGAGGCAACGUCUGAAUUAUUUAAUGCCCUUCCGCCGAUUCGUUUGCAACCUGUUUUAUGCUCGGAAUUAGACGGGGCCGUCGAGUUCCCUUUACUUCAAACGCACGAUUUCAAUUCCUUUAUUUGCAACGUUAAUUUGUUUAAAUUGCCUAUGCACAAACAUUGGAUCAAAAGAGGUGUUACCUUCGUCAUUAAAGCGCGAUUAAUGGAUAUAAUUAAAUACGAGCGCCCCGAGCUAAAAUACACAUACGCGGCGUGCGGGUUUUGCGGUUGUUCUACGCCCGUUUCGUUAGAAUUGAGUUUUAAUUGUCUGGCAAAAAUCCAGAAACGAGGGACCCAGUGCGUUUACUUCUAG